AACUCCAAAAAACAAGUGGCUUUAAGAUAAGGGCAGAGAUGGAUUGCUAGAGAGAGAAGAAUGGCGGCAGUUCUACUGAACCAGCUUCAACCAACCACUCUCAAGCAUUCCAAGCAACCGCAACCAUCUCUGUGCGCCACCCCGCAACGGUCGGCAGCCGUGAGAGUGAACGCAACUUCCGGCAACGCCCAGCAGCUUAUACAGUCCGGAACCGUACGCCCAAUACCGCCCAAAGAUGCCGCCACGGCCGUGGACUCCGAAGGCUACAUCUUGCUGGAUAUCCGGCCCGAAUGGGAAAGAGCCAAGGCCCGAGUUUCGGGCUCUCGCCACAUUCCGCUGUUCGUCAAGGACCCGGAUAAUAGCCCCUUGGGUCUGCUCAAGAAAUGGGUGCAUUUCGGUUAUAUUGGGCUGUGGACGGGCCAGAAUAUGACCAUGUUCAACCCCGAGUUUUUAAGACAAGUAGAGACACAGAUUCCCGACAAGGAUUCCAAGAUCCUCGUAGCUUGUGGUGAAGGAUUGAGGUCUAUGAUGGCUGUUUCAAAGUUGCAUAGAAGUGGAUACGCAAACCUGGCAUGGCUGGCCGGAGGGUAUAAAUCCGCCGAAGAUAGCCAUUUUCCGGCAGUCGAAGGGCCGGAGAAGUUGCAGUAUGCCACCGUCGGAGGUGCAUCGUAUUACUUCCUUCAAUUGCUUAUUUUACUUAAAGCUGUGGGGAACAAAGAUUGAUCCAAUAAUGACUUUUUUGUGUAUAACAUUUCGUAUUGAAUUCGAUCUAAAUUUUAUAACCAGAAUUUGACUCUUACUUAGA